CGCCCCCGGUUCCCACACCGUCCCGGUGGCUGCGGGACGAGGCCGGGGAGAGGGACGGUCCCGAGAGGAGAAGAGGGACGAGGAGGAGGAAGGGCGGGCAGCCCGCCCCCGUCCUGAAUAAUGUGGCUGAACCGUCAGUGAAAUGAGAAACUGGGUUUAUUUACAGAAGAACCUUCAAUGUUCGUAACGAUCUGUAUUCUUCCUCACUGAGGUUCAAGGACUGGAGUACAGCUGUGCUUCAUUUGUGAAGGAUGACUGGGUUAGAGGGGGCCACUUGCUACUUCUGUUGCUGUUAUAAAGAAUGGGGAGUUUAGAUCUUGUGAAAUUAGCAGGGCUCCUGUUGACAUUGUUGGCUGCUUGGUACUUGGGAUACUUAUUUGCUGCUUUUGUAUCUGAAGAGAUAAUAACAACAUCUAUUGCUAAUCUUCAAGACAUUGGAAAGAAACCAGUGUUGAGAGCCCCAGUUCCAAAAAGGCAGAAGUGUGAUCACUGGUCUCCCUGCUCACCUGAGAGCUACGCCUAUCGGAUUCUUAGUGGUGGUGGCAAAGAAAAACUGGCUAAAAUUUGUUUUGAGGAUGAGCUGCUUAUAAGCGAAGAGAAGGGUAAUGUUGGAAGAGGUAUAAACGUUGCCACUGUGAAUUAUAAAACAGGAAAAGUUACAUCGGUAAAACUUUUUGACAUGUGGGAAGGAGAUCACUCAGGAGAGAUGAUGACUUUCAUUAAAAAUGUACCAGAAGGGUCCCUCCUUUUCAUGGUGACUCACGAUGAUGGAAGCACCCGGUUAAAAAAUGACGCCAAAAAAUUAGUAGAAGAGCUGGGAAGUAAAGAAAUACGGAAUAUGAAGUUCAGGUCAAGCUGGGCUUUUAUAGCUGCCAAAGGCUUCAAGCUGCCAGAUAAUAUCCAAAAAGAAAAGAUAAACCACUCUGACAAGAAGAAGAACAGAUAUGAUGGCUGGCCAGCUGAAAUCCAAAUAGAAGGCUGUAUCCCAAGAAACUUGAUCUGAACAAAUGCAUACCUCACUAAUAAAGAUGAUUCAAUGUUUUUAUAUCUAUGACUCUAGUAAAUUGCCUCCAGAACCCAAUAAGCAUCUGAACACUAAUUGUAAAAUGUCAUAUGCAUGGUUUUUAACCUACCUUUCCUCUGUGACGUUUUACUCUAAUCUGAAAACAAAUAGGUAUUUUGAUGACAAGUGGAAAUAAAAUACUCUGGUUUGGAAUUACAAUGUUCAGGAAUUCAGUCGUAAAAUACCAGGAUUUUUUAAAGUGACUAUACAUUGUCAUUAGUAAUUUUAGGGUUUGGGGUUUGUUUGUUUGUUUGUUUUUUGUAUAUGUGUUCUUUUGGUUCCCUUUAAAGACUAAUAUGCAAAUAGAAGUUAGUCUACAUUGUAAUAUAAAAUCACUAGCAAUAAAGCUAAUUAUUCUGAUGUUA